ACGUGAGUUUUCACCACAGCGCGCGUCAGAGUGAGCUGCGUGUCUGUAACGGAGUGUGUCUGGAGGAAAAGCUGCUGUAAACAUGUCUAAAGUCCAAACGCUGAGAGCUUUUGUCCAGCAGCGACUAAGUGCGGCUGCUGAAGAGAUAUUUGAGCUGUUUGAAAGAACGAUAGCAGAGUACGAGGAGGAACUUUGUGGACAACGCAAACUACUGGACGCUGUUUUCAAGCCUGAAGUCCGGUUACACAGAGCAGAUGUCCAGUUGUUAUUGUUGAAAAAGGACGAGGUUCCCCCUGAGCAGCAGGGGUGGUGCCCCAGCCUGGACCAGGAGGACCCACAAGAACCCCCAAAUAUUCCAAAAGAUUGGAGCCCCAGUCUGGACCAGGAGGACCCGCAAGAACCCCCAAACAGCCCCAGCCUGGACCAGGAGGACCCACCAGAGCCCCCACACAUUAAAAGCGAUUGGAGCCCCAGUCUGGACCAGGAUGACCCACCAGAACCCCCACACAUUAAAGAGGAACAGGAGGAACUCUGGACCAGUCCGGAGGGAGAGCAGCUUCUAGGGUUGGAGGAGGAGUUCACAUUCACUCCAGUCCUUAUGAAGAGUGAAGAAGACAAUGAAGAGAGACCUCAGUCCUCACAGCUUCAUCAAAGACUCACUGAACAAAUGAAAACAGAAGCUGAUGAAGAGGACUGUGGAGGACCAGAACCAGCCAGCAACUCGGAUCCACAUAGAUAUUUACAACCAGCUACUCAUGUCAGGACAUCGUGCUCCUCUGAACCUCAGACCGAUGAGAUUUGUGAAUGGCAGGGGACCAUGGAAACUCGAUCAGGAGUAAACCCUCUGAAAAUUAACAGUGGAUGUAACACUGUUGGUAAAUCAUUUAGCUGCUCUAAGUGUAGUAAAGUAUUCCGCCACAACUCGGGUCUGAAGAGACACAUGAGAAUUCACACAGGCGAGAAAUCAUUUAGUUGUUUUGUCUGUGGUAGAAGAUUUGCACAUAAGUUUCAACUGAGACAGCACUUGACCGUCCAUUCAGGGGGGACACCCUUUAGUUGUAUAGGUGAAACAUUCGCAAAAAGCUCAGAUUUGACCUCACAUUUAAGGGUUCAUACAGGAGGAAAACCUUUUACAUGCUCAGUUUGUAAAUCAAGUUUUCGUUCCAGACGCAAUUUGUCCAGACACAUGAGAAUCCACACGGGGGAGAAACCAUUUUGUUGCAGCAUUUGUAAUAAAAGAUUCAUUCGGCUCGAUUAUGUGAAAAAGCACAAGUGUGAUGGCAAGAACAGUGGAAGUAAAUGAAGCUGCAGAGAUGCUUGUUGAGUCGAUUCCUUCCAGCAGGAUUGAAGUACUGAGGGCAAGACUCGAUACUGAUCAGUUCAAAACUGUGGCACAGAGUCCAAAAUAAGUCGUGCUUCACCUUUUCAGUAGGCGUGGG